UUGUUUACUUUUAUACUAUAGCAUUUCAGGCUUCAGCGUAAAAAAAAACAACUAAAGAGAAGCUACUUUUUUGAUUUUAAGACUUAGAUCGGCACUGGGAUUUUGAGUUGAUUUUUCUUAAAAGGUCGAAGAUCAAGUGAUACACGAAGAUUUCUAAAAUAGUAUAAUUAUGACAUUUGACACAUCUUGGGAUGUUGAUAAAUACAGAUCUGAACAUGAAUAUGAAGAUCAUUGGCAGUUUAGGCGUCAGUUUUUAGUUGCUCAUCAAGACAAAUUUCCCGAAGAUCGAUUAGUGUGUUUAGCCCAAGUCUUUUUUAACAUUGAGUUCUUAGGAUGCCAAUACCCUAAAAAAGUCAUGGAUCUUAUUGAAACAUUAUCUGAAGGUUUAGCUGAUGACUUAAGAGAAAAACGUAAAGGAAAAUUACAAAGAACCUUUGUUGCAGCCUCAGAUGCUGCCGAAGCUAAAGCUAAACGCUGAAAUUAUGAUGAAAUCAUGUAUGUCUGAUCAGUAUCACCCGAAUAAAUUACAAAUUCCAAUAUAAUUAUUUAUAUGUUUAUUAUUACUGUACUAUUAAAAAUGAUAAAACUAAUGGAUUUAAAAUGAAAAAUUAUUUAUCAAUUCAAAUGAUUUACUUGAUUUGGCGGUUUCAUAUUCUGAAAUGGUGUUGCAACAUAUCAUUGUGUGCAUUAUGAUCAAUUAAUUGUGUAAAAUUUUUUUUUUCUAAUAAAUUGAAGACUCAUAAUAAUAGGUAUGUAAUAUAAUUACAAUUUGUAUUUCAAA